UGCAAUGUGCAUUUGCUGCGUUUGUUUACAUUUUAAUCUAUUUUGAUUUGAAUUUUAAAAUGGUCUGUGCUCUGGGAAUUGAAGGCAGUGCCAAUAAAAUUGGCAUUGGCAUAAUAAAGGAUGGCGAGGUUUUGGCCAAUGUGAGAAGAACCUACAUUACACCACCAGGAGAAGGUUUUCUGCCGAAGGAAACAGCCAAACACCAUCGAGAAGCAAUUUUAGGCCUAGUACAGUCCAGUUUAAAAGAAGCCAAGCUUCAACCCGCGGAUUUAGAUGUUAUAUGCUACACCAAGGGCCCUGGGAUGGCGCCUCCUCUGCUAGUAGGGGCCAUUGUGGCCCGCACCUUGUCCCUCCUUUGGGAGAAGCCGCUCCUGGGCGUUAAUCACUGCAUCGGCCACAUCGAGAUGGGUCGCCUUAUUACCGGUGCCCAGAACCCCAUUGUUCUUUACGUGAGUGGCGGCAACACCCAAGUUAUAGCUUACUCCAACCAAAGAUAUCGCAUCUUUGGAGAGACCAUUGACAUUGCUGUGGGCAACUGCCUGGAUCGAUUUGCGCGCAUCAUUAAGCUCUCAAACGAUCCCAGUCCCGGCUACAACAUAGAACAGCUAGCCAAGAAGAGCAAGAGAUACAUCAAGCUGCCCUACGUGGUUAAAGGAAUGGAUGUGAGCUUCUCUGGAAUACUUUCUUAUAUAGAAGAUCUUGCUGAGCCGGGAAAAAGGCAGAAUAAAAGAAAAAGACAGCAGGAAGAGGAAGUUAUAGACUAUAGCCAAGCAGAUUUGUGCUACUCACUACAGGAAACUAUUUUCGCCAUGCUGGUGGAGAUUACAGAGCGAGCUAUGGCCCAUUGUGGCUCCAAUGAGGUUCUUAUUGUGGGCGGUGUGGGCUGCAAUGAACGAUUGCAGGAGAUGAUGCGUAUUAUGUGCGAGGAAAGAGGAGGAAAACUAUUUGCCACCGAUGAACGCUACUGCAUCGACAAUGGCCUAAUGAUUGCCCAUGCUGGCGCUGAAAUGUUCCGGUCUGGAACGAGGAUGCCGUUAGAAGAAGCCUUUGUUACACAAAGAUUUAGGACUGAUGAAGUCCUGGUCAGCUGGCGGGAGGAUUAAUCAGUAUCAGUACUC